UCGACACUUACAGAACUACCGCAUGCGUAGGUGCCUGCCGCCUGGUGCCACCACGCUAACUUGCUCCUGAAAAACACACGUGUUUGCCUUAAAAAUGUUUUUGAAUAAAUAAAACUACAGAAUUAUAAUUCAUUUUAAAAUGAGUAAAUUAUAUAUCCUUUUUGAGCAUGCUGCUGGCUUUGCCCUAUUUCGAGUGGCGGAGUUUGAAGAACUUGCAGCCUUUCUGCCUCAAGUUGAAGAAUCUGUAACAGACUUACAGAAAUUUAAUUCUGUUGUAUCUUUGAUUGGUUUCCAGCCAUUCAAAUCUGCUGUUUCAGCUCUAGAAAACAUAAAUGCUGUGUCUGAAGGUAUCUUAUCUGAAGAGCUAAAUCUUUUUCUGGAGGGUUCACUGCCUAAGAAAAAGAAGAGGAGUAAAUGCACUCUAGGUGUCUUAGAUCCGAAACUUGGUGCAGCAGUUAGUGAAGCAUUGGAGAUACCAUGCUCACAUAUUGGUGCUGUCCCAGAAUUAAUAAGGGGUAUAAAAUUCCACUUCCAUGCCCUUAUCAAAGGGUUAACCCUAAAAGCAUGCUCUGUUGCUCAAUUGGGAUUAGGGCACUCUUACUCUCGUGCUAGAGUGAAGUUCAAUGUACACCGAGUAGAUAACAUGAUCAUACAGUCAAUAGCACUGCUGGAUCAGCUUGACAAGGAUGUAAAUACCUUCUCAAUGAGGAUCAGAGAAUGGUACUCUUACCACUUCCCAGAGCUUGUGGCUAUUGUCCCAGACAACCAUCUCUACACAAAGUGUGCAGAAUAUGUCAAAGAUAGAAAGUCCCUUACAGAGGAAUCUCUGGAGCCGUUAACUGAGAUACUUGGUGAUUCAGAGAAGGCGCAAGCUAUUAUUGAUGCUUCCAAAAUGUCAAUGGGAAUGGAUAUAUCACCAGUUGAUUUGAUUAACAUACAAAUGUUUGCUGGACGAGUUGUUUCACUAAGUAAUUAUAGGAAACAAAUAUCAGAAUACCUCCACACGAAGAUGAACUCUGUCGCACCAAACCUUACAACGCUUAUUGGAGAUCAAGUGGGAGCUCGGUUGAUAUCUAAGGCUGGUUCUCUCACAAAUCUGGCCAAGUAUCCUGCCUCCACAUUACAGAUAUUGGGUGCUGAAAAGGCGCUAUUCAGAGCCUUAAAGACCAGGUCUAACACACCAAAGUAUGGUCUCUUAUAUCAUUCAACAUUCAUUGGCCGAGCAGGUCUCAAAAACAAAGGCCGGAUCAGUAGAUAUCUGGCGAAUAAAUGUUCUAUUGCUUCAAGGAUUGAUUGUUUCUCUGAAAACCAAACAACUGUAUUUGGCGAAAAACUCCGGCAACAAGUAGAAGACCGUUUGAAGUUCUAUGAAACGGGAGAUAUUCCUAUGAAGAAUAUUGAAGUUAUGAAACUUGCUAUGGAAGAAGCUGGGCAGCAAGCCUUGGAGGAGGAAACGCCCAAGAAGAAGAAAAAGAAGAAGAAGGACAAGAAGCAAGAAGUAGAAGCUAUGGAAGAAUAGCGUAAUAAUAGUGCACUUGAUGAAAUAAUUUUAAAUUAGGAAGUAGGUGACAGUGACGGUGGUUGUUGCAUACAGGAUUCAAAGUAGCCUAUCUCUUCCUGUGUUGUCUACCAAAAUUCAUCAAUCUUGAUUUAGUAGUUUAAGUUUUAACACCUCUAUAUUUGAUUAUAAUUAGGUUAAGGAUAUAAUUUUGGGUAAGAUAUACUUUCAUAUGUUAAAAUACAAAAAAUGUUGACACAUAAAAAGACAGCGAUGUUUUUGUUAGCACUAUUGUAGAUAUUUUCAUACUGUGUUAAAUUAAGGUACAUUAAUAAUAAGUAUUUUAGUGUAACAUUUAAUAAAGUGCCUAUUGAAAUA